AUGGUCCUGAUGCACGAAAUUGGCCAUGCUCUUGGGCUGGGCCACAGUGGUGUCAAUACAGCUACUAUGUAUCCUUGGUAUCAAGCAAGUCCAGCAUCAUUCGAUAUAGAUAAUGAGAGAGCGAUAGAAUAUUUGUAUGGGCAGAAAACUGAAGACUAUCAACCAACAACAACCUCAAAAACGCGGACAACCGAAUCCCAAAAACCAAUAUCCCGGCACGUAGACACCCCUACCACAGCUUCAUCAGUGCCGUCAAAUGAACCCCAUAACGUAGACGUUACUAGCACAACAUCAAAGCCUCAGAUAACUCCAACAAGAUUAUGCGACAUUCAAGUGCCAGACUUCAUGUUUCUAGCCACAGCACCCCAGUUUUGA